UCUCUCCUCACCCUUUUUUCACUCUCAGUAUGGACAGAGCCCUAGCAGGGCUGGACAGUUACGAGCUACCGAGAAGAUGCUGGCUGCGUCUCUCCAUCCGCUCCUGUGGCUAUUUGGCUGUGUUCUUGUCAGAGGUACUACAACCUCCACAGAACCUUCUGUCCACACUGUAGCAGGUCGGUCUCAAACAACAACACACAGCCCUGAAGUAAAGAACCAUACCUCAGAGCCUUCAACUUCAGUAAAGUCAGCAACAACAGCCGACUUGAAUCUCACCUCUUUGGACCUGGUUACUACAACCAAGCGCUCUAUCACCUCUGCGACAACACUAACAUCGCCCGUGCCGGAUGAAAAGUCUAAUGGAAGCAGAAACACAGUAGCCUCACCAACACAAGGUCAAGAGCCCAAGAGAAGCAAGACUACUACAACAUCAGCAAUUCAAGGCACCUCACAAACAGUUACCCCAACACCGGAGUCCUCUGGCUACUUGCCCACGCCUACUCCUACAGAUGGUAAAACACCACUGACGGUGGCAGCUUUUGGUGUCAUCAGCUUCAUAGUCAUCCUGAUAGUGGUUGUGAUCAUCCUUGUGAGCGUGGUCAGCCUGAGGUUCAAGUGUAACCGUUCAAAGGACUCAGAAGAUAAGCAGAAGCCGGGGAGCUCCAUGGUAUCAGAGAGCUGCUCUGCAGGCACAAGCGAGAAGGAUAACAGCAUCACCCUGAUCUCCAUGAAGAACAUCAACAUGAACAACAGCAUAAGCUACCCACCAUCAGAAAAGGUGCUAUGAAGACAAUGACCUAGAGCUAGAGGCUGACAUUUGACAACCAGCAGUGACUUUCUAGAUUCUUAUUGUCCUUUGGGGAAAGAGCAGUGGUGGGCUUUUUUUUAUAUAUAAGUUAUUCUGCCCUUUCUGAUCAAUACAUUUACUGUAUCAUCCAACAUAGCUUCCCCAUCUGGGGUCUAAGGGCUUGCUCUAGCUACAGCCUGCCAUGCUCAAUGGUUGAUAUCUAACUGUAUUUUUGAUAUGCAUUCAAACUCUCAGAGUAUCCAAGCAGCAAGGAGCACCAAGGAACUAUCUACUUGGCUGAUAAACUGCUGCCCUUGACUAAUGGCCCUUCUAGUCUGUGCCAGACAGUCACAGGCUUGCCACAUAGCUAAUCAGUAUGGCUCCUGAUUGAGCUAAGCCCAUGCAUUAAAAAGCAUGACUCUGAAGCUGAAGGCCUAAUGGGACUUAUACGCCCAAGUGCUGGGUCAAAUCAAAGCACAGUUGCUCGGAGUCUUUUAUCCUUGGUGCCCCGGUGUCCCCAUAGAGAUGGGGAUAAUCACAUUCACCUACCUCACAGGGGUGUUGUGAGGCUACAUUAAUCAAUGUCUGUAGAGCAUUUGGAGAGCCAUGAAUUAAAGGUGCUGCUGAAAUGCAAACUGCCA